GGCCGGAACCGCCAUCUUCCAGUAAUUCGCCAAAAUGACGAACACAAAGGGAAAGAGGAGAGGCACCCGAUAUAUGUUCUCUAGGCCUUUUAGAAAACAUGGAGUUGUUCCUUUGGCCACGUAUAUGCGAAUCUAUAAGAAAGGUGAUAUUGUAGACAUCAAGGGAAUGGGUACUGUUCAAAAAGGAAUGCCCCACAAGUGUUACCAUGGCAAAACUGGGAGAGUCUACAACGUUACCCAGCAUGCUGUUGGCAUUGUUGUAAACAAACAAGUUAAGGGCAAGAUUCUUGCCAAGAGAAUUAAUGUGCGUAUUGAGCACAUUAAGCACUCUAAGAGCCGAGAUAGCUUCCUGAAACACGUGAAGGAAAAUGAUCAGAAAAAGAAAGAAGCCAAAGAGAAAGGUACCUGGGUUCAGCUGAAGCGCCAGCCUGCUCCACCCAGAGAAGCACACUUUGUGAGGACCAAUGGGAAGGAGCCUGAGCUGCUGGAACCUAUUCCCUAUGAAUUCAUGGCAUAAUAGGUGUUAAAAAAAUAAAUAAAUAAAAGACCUCUGGGCU